GUCGCGCUGGGCCUUCGGGUCGCACGGAUCAUCGGAUAGUGUACGAAAACCGUUUACAGAGAAGAAGAAGAAAAAGAAGAGUAUCACGAAGUAACGUUAUCUGAUUCUGAAGUGCGUGACAGCGUGAGGUGAGGAAAGUGUAAAAAUGGCGAUGAUGAUGUGUACUAUGGCCCCUGGGAAGCUCUACUUUUUACGGAAUUUGCCAUCGGCUCCGUUAAAGACGACGAGGCGGCGUUUUUUAAUGAAGCCUGUGCGUUGCGCGCCAAUUCAGCCAGUGUCAGUGUCAGUGGAACAACAGGUUGAUGCAGGAAUUAGCUGCGAACCUUGCAAUGGUACAGGAUGGUUAACUUGUGAUUUUUGUAAAGGGCAAAAGACCAAUGUGAAAGCUGAAAACAAUCGGAUCUACCGUCGAUGUCCAUCUUGCAGAGCUAUUGGAUACAUCUUGUGCUCAAAGUGCAAAGUUUUCAAAUGUGUAACCUUCCCAAAUGACAGUGAUGGUGCAAAUCUAUCCUUUUGAGCCUCGAAACUAUUCUGGUUUGCUAGCAUGAUCAUAAACUUCAGCGAGGAUACACUAUGCUCAUGAGGUGGAAUUUAAUUGUUUUGAACAACUUUCUUUCAGGUUCUCAUCUUUUCCUUCUGUGUGAUAUUCCAUCUCAAGAAGGUCUUCUUUGAGUGACAUUUAUGUAAUUUACAUAUUACAAGUUGGAAAGAAAAGGGAAAGGAAUGGUUGAGUUUUAACCUUUGAUAUUUCUUUUUUCUUAUUGGAAUAAACUACAAUCAUAAAAUUGAAUGGUUAUCAUUCUUGAUUGAGAUUGUGAUUUUAAUUCAAGUGUAGAACAUUUUUUAUUCAAGAGGAUGGGCUGAGCCAGGAGGGCAAGUGCCCUCUACCCUCUCUUUUCUGAGGUACAACUAAAAUAGCUCCUUUGAGACAUGCCAGUACAUCGAUCCUUUUGGAUUUUGUUUCUGCUGUACAGGGUUUUAGAAGUGUUUGAUUAGAGUUUUAUCUUUGAAAUUAGUUACCCCAUCUUAGAGUUGAAUUUCCCUUGAGGCUGAAAAUAUUUUUUGAAAAAUGUUUUUCACAUUUUCUGUUGUUUGGCAUGACGAAAAAAACGUCAACAGAAAACAAGGCAAAAGAGGUAGAAAAUGCUGAUCACCUCUCCCUUGCGUACUCACUAACAGCGCCAUCACCACAUUUGUCACCACACCAUCACCACCACCACCGCCACCAUCACCACCAUACUAUCUUCUCGCUACCACCACAGGUCUGGCACUACUGCGCACCUACAUGAAAUAUUGUGAUUUCUGUGUGAGCCAAAAGACAUAAAAUGUUUUUGGGAUUAUUUUCAAAGUCACAAUCAAAUACAGAGAAAUAAGUUAUUUUUUGGGAGGGGGAAGGGGUUGUUAAAUUGUAAUGCUGGUAGAGAUACCUGUGAUGUAUUCCUAUAUGUUGAACUAACUAGAACGGUUAGUAUUGCUAUUCUUUUUUCUUCUCAUUUCAAAAGUAACUUGAAAUGAGGAUGUGGUAAAAACAAAGGAAAGAGAUGAGAUGAAAUAUAUUAAAAGUUAGAUGUAGCCCUUUUAGGAAAUGGAAAAGCUAACUCAAGUUUAUAGGAUGCAAAUAACAUAAAAGAAAGAGUAAAAAUGAUCAAAGCCAGACACACAAACACAUAGAUUUACGUGGUUUACCCUAAAUAAGGGUUACGUCCACAAGUUGGUUGAAAUUUUAUUAUGAUGAUUAUGACAGGAGUUACAUGGAUAAUUAGCACAUAUAAACCGCUCUUUUACUACAGCUACACAAACAUGAGAAAUCACGGAAGGGGACUUAGGGCAUCUAAAGUGUACUCAAAGGCAGAAAUACGCCCAAUAAUUGUAUGGACACCAAUUUUAUUUGAUUUGGGGCCAUGAUGUCCAUGAUCGCAGCCAAAAUUUAGGUAUAACCAACAGUGUGCAUCUGGUUCCACAUACAUCCCAUCAAUCUCCCACUUGGAGA